GCACCCUCUUUUUAUUGGUGAUAUAAUUCGGCUCUGAUAGUUCUCUAGGUUUUCUUAUGUCAUUUGUUGGUUAUUAAAGAACUGUGGAACUUAGAUAAGUCUGAGGAAUUUCAUUUCUUCACUAUUUGGAAGCUAAGCCAAACAAAUCUUGACAAUGAAGGUUUGUUCUAGCCUCUUUUUUUCUUUUUUCCUUUUUGACGAUUUGAAGUGUGGUUCUUGGAGACACGUUCAUGAGAAAAGGUCUCACUCUCAUGCAAGUGAUGAGGAGAAGACAAGAAAGCAGAAGGCAGAAUCCGCGCAUUCGCCAAAGAAGGCGAAAACUGAAGGCGAUGAUAGUAAUGGAAAAUCGAGUACUGACGAUGUGGCAGCCGAAUUCGAGAAGUUCUGUAGAGCUACAAGCGAACAUCUCUCCAUCAAACAAAUGCGUGAAAUUCUUGAAGCCAAUGGACGGGAUGCUUCCAUAGCUGAUGAUGCUGUUGUCCCUAGAUGCCAAGACAUUCUGUUUUAUGGUCCUCUCGGCGUUUGUCCAGUUUGUGGUGGCGCAUUGGAGUUUUCUGGAGACGGUUAUCACUGCCAGGGAGCAUAUAGUGAGUGGUCUAGUUGUGUUUAUAGCACUAGAUCUCCACCAAGAAGAGAAGAGUCUCUAAAUAUACCCGAAUCUGUUGGAAAAACUCCGGUCUCCGAUCUGCUUGAGAAACAUAGAGAUCCGAGAGGUCGUCCCAAGCAGCAUAUACAGGCGGCAACAGAUAAACCAACAGAUAAACCGUUUGUAGGAAUGGUGAUUUCUCUUUCAGGCCGUCUCUCUCGAACACAUCAAUAUUGGAAGACGAAGAUCGAGAAAAACGGAGGGAAAGUGGCCAAUUCUGUUAUUGGCGUAAGUUGCCUUGUAGUUUCUCCAUCAGAGCGCGACCGCGGUGGCUCAUCUAAAGUAGCUGAAGCAGUGGAGAGGGGUAUCCCGGUAGUGAGAGAGGCUUGGUUGCUCGAUAGCAUCGAGAAAAAACAAGCUCAAGCAUUAGAUGCAUAUGAUGUCGCGAGUGAUAUCGCGGCCGAGGGAAAAGGUUUGGCGCUUGAUCAGCAAGAUUCCAGUGUUGUAGCACUUGAAACCCUAGCGGCUGAGCUUAAAGUGUUUGGAAAGAGAGGUGUGCAUAAAGACAGUAAGUUGCAGGAUGAAGGUGGAAAAAUUCUAGAGAAAGACGGCUUACUGUACAAUUGUGCUUUGGUUGUUUGUGAUCAAGGGAGGAACAUGAACGACUUCUGCAUUAUGCAACUUAUUGUGGUGCAAGAGAACGGCUUGUACCUUUAUUACAGAAAGGGAAAAAUUAAUGAUAGCCCCAGAGCAGAUGACAAGCUGGAGGAACGGGAAAACGUGAACGAUGCUAUCAGAGAAUUCGCAAAGCUCUUUGAAGAACUGACGGGAAAUCCGUUUGAACUCUGGGAAAGAGAGAAGCAGCUCGAGAAGAAACGCAUGAAGUUCUUCCCUAUCGAUAUUGAUGAUGGCAUUGAAGUGAGGCACGGAGGGCUCGGACUUAGGCAACUUGGGGUUGCUGCUGCACAUAGUAAGCUUGAUCCGAACGUAGCAAAUUUUAUGAAAGUCCUUUGCAGCCAGGAGAUUUACCGGUAUGCUUUAAUGGAGAUGGGAUACGAUUCACCUGAGGUUCCUAUCGGGAUGGUUACUGAUCUUCACUUGAAAAGAUGUGAGGAAAACCUCCUACAUUUUGUGGAUAAACUGAAAGCUUCAACGGAGACGGGAAACCAAGCGGACGCUAUUUGGGCCGAUUUCAGCCAGAGAUGGUUCACUCUCAUGCCAACUAUAAGGCCGUUUACAUUUAGAGACUAUGGAGAACUUGCAGACCAUGGUGCUUCUGCUUAUGAGACUAUUCGAGAUAUCAAUACCGCAUCCCGUCUUAUUGGAGAUAUGUCAGGCUCGACAUUGGACGAUCCUCUUUUCGACCGUUACGUGAAGCUAAAUUGUUCUGUUUCACCCCUAGAGACAGACACAAAUGAUUACAAUAUGAUAGUGAAGUACCUGGAGAAAACUUAUGAACCAACCAGAAUCGGAGAAAUCAGCUAUGGUGUAUCGAUCGAGAAUAUCUUUGCUGUUGAAGCAAGUGCAUGCCCAUCUCUUGAUGACAUCAAGAAAUUGCCUAACAAGGUUUUGCUAUGGUGUGGGACAAGGAGUUCAAAUCUAUUGAGGCACUUGCAGAUGGGGUUCUUGCCUUCAAGCUGUUCCCUUCCUGUACCAGGAUACAUGUUUGGAAGAGCUAUCGUCUGUUCCGACGCUGCAGCAGAAGCUGCGAGAUAUGGAUUCACAGCCGUGGAUAGGCCGGAAGGUUUCUUGGUUUUGGCUGUUGCUUCACUAGGAGAAGAAAUCCAGGAGUUCUCUAGUCCACCUGAGGACACUAAAUCCAUGGAGGAGAAGAAGAUUGGAGCGAAAGGGCUAGGCAAGAAGAAAACUGAUGAAUCAGAGCAUUUUGUGUGGAAGGAUGACAUUAAAGUACCUUGUGGAAACUUGAUUCCAUCAGAGCAUAAGGAUAGUCCGCUUGAGUAUAAUGAAUAUGCUGUAUAUGAUCCACAACAGGUAAGCAUAAGGUUCUUGGUGGCGGUGAAAUUCGAGGAACAGGAUGUGGAGUACGAUACAGCUGAGCCCGAGGUAUAACAGA